AAUGAUAAGGUAUACCAAUCAAAACAUACUCUUUAAUUUCCCUUUUGUUCCUUUCCAUUAUAAACUCCUUUAUCAUUCCCCUCACGCUUUCAGCUCCACAUUCCUCUCAACAUAAGCUAAAAUCAACACCAAAUUCUCUCUCAAAUCAUAAUCCGUAGAAAAUUAUGAAUACGCUAGCCAUCGGCAGCCGCAUCAAGGAUUGUUCUAAAGGAUUCUGCAGCUUCUUCUGCCCGCAGUGGUGCUACAUAGUCUUCCCUCCUCCUCCGCCGCCGCCACCGUCAGAAUACCUCCCCGACGACGGAAGCUCCGGCCCCGACUUCUCUCCCUUCAUCAUCACAAUCAUCGGCUUCUUGGCCGCCGCCUUGCUCCUCCUCAGCUACCACGCCAUCCUCUCCAACUACUGCCGCGGGAGAAGAAUCCAAAGGCGCGGCCAAACGAGCCGCGCCGUGGACGUGGAGAGCGGAGAGGACGGCGGCCAGGAGGGGACAUGGUUCGUGGCGACGAACCGCGGGCUGGACGAGGCGCUGGUGAGGUCGAUGGCUACGUUCAAGUACCGGAGAAGGGAAAGGCUGGUGGAAGGCACGGAGUGCUCGGUGUGUUUAAGUGAGUUUGUGGAAGAGGAGAGGCUUAAGCUUCUCCCCAAAUGUAGUCACGCAUUUCACGUGACAUGCAUCGACACGUGGCUCAAAUGCCACUCCAACUGCCCGCUUUGCCGAGCCAAUGUGGCGGGCCCGGCCUCAUCGCCUCCUCCUCCUCCUUCUCUGCCUUCGCUAUCGCCACAAGGUGCGGGGGGGAAUGUGGAGAUUGGCACUGGAGAUCAACGAGAGGGCGCGAAAACGGAUGGAAGGGUUAGAAGAUCGGUGUCCAUGGAUUCGGUUUUCGAACGGCGUUUGAUGAUAGAUGAUCCGAGUAGUGCAAGUAGAUGUAGUGAGAUGAAGAGAUCACAUUCAAGUGGAAGGUGGUUCGUCUCUAAAUAGGGUAAAUCAACCCAAAACUAUAUUUUUUCUUGGAAUGUUUUUAGCGGUAAGAUUUGUAUGUUGAGAUAGGGAGUAGAUUGUGUGAAAAGAUCACAAAUAAAGUAAGGUCAAUUUUUUCGGAUAA